AUGUUGGACGAAAACCUACCCAACUUCUUCCUCAAAGCAAACACAGAUGGCGUCAAACAUCACCAAGCAUACUACUUCUCACAGCACGGUAGCGAUCCGGCGCCUUCGUACGACCUACAUCAUCUAGAUCCUGCCAGCCCGGACGCUAAAAAUACAUACGCCGUAGCUCUAUUUGACGCGCACAACCUAGACGUCUUGUUUGGCGAGGUACUAUUAAGGCCUGGCUGGACACAUCCUACACUGAACCAGGAGGAGAUAAGAAAGAAUGGAGGAGUAGCACCGCCACCACAGCCUAUACUACCAACGUCCUUCACCGUGCAACUAUAUGAGCCGGAUCAGCAGGUCGAGGUCGUACAGAAGACUUCAAAUUGGAGUAAUACCAAUUGGUACGAGUUCAGUCUGCCCCAGCAAACGUUCAGAGCACCCAGUGCUUCGGCACUUGACCGGGCGCGGAACGAUCCGGCCGCUGACGCGACCAUACCGAAGCUCAACUUUGUUUGGAGGAGAGAUAGCAAACUGAGUAAGGAUAUGACAUGCUUUCUGACCGGAAAAUCAACAGAUCCGGACAGCAAGAAGAAGAAAAAUAAGGAAGCAGAUAUUGCAGUUGCACUUUUCAGCGGUCUCAAGGACCUUACAGUAUACGAAUCGAAUCUAUAUCGUGUGGAGAUCGAGGACUACAAAGGUCUCGAACUCGUGCUACUUCUGAGUGCUGCAGUCAUCAAGGAUGUGUUCUUUGGCAGGAUUCAAGAUGCCUUCCAUAUUGAUGACUACGGCCGCAAGAACAGCAGUGGAGGGAAGAUCGGAAGGAAGAACUCACCUCCACUUACUCCGACCGGUGGAUACAUAGCACCAGCUACAGGACCGCUAAUAAUACAAUCUCCUCAGCAACUCCAGCCAUCACACGUUCUACCAGCCCAGAGACCAAUUCAACAUCAUCAUCAACGCCCAGUCGCACCCAGCUCCCGCAACGAUCACAGACGUCAAUCUCUCCCUCCGCUCCAAACUACCGUCCCUCAGAAACAACAGGCUUCUGUUGAUGAUCCAAGAGCACGCUGGGAAAUUGAACAAGAAGCCGCACACCUCCGCGCCCAAGUCGACAACGAGCGCCGCGCACAACUCGAACAACAGCGGCAACAGCAGAAAGCCUCAGAAGCUGAAGCUAAACGGUUGCGCAAGCAACAAGAAGCAGAAGAGAAAGAGAAGCGUCGUAAGCAGGCUGAAGUCGACAAAGAGACCGAGCGUCUACGCCGAAAAUACGGCACUCAGGGACAGGUUAUCCCACCGCCUGCGCAGCCUCAAAGACCCCACCAACGCCCUCAACAGCCGCAAGCUGUACCUUUCAGACCGCAUUCACAGCAACAGCAGCACAGGCCGCAGCCUCAACAGCAUAGGACGAGCAAUCUAUUCUCUGUUCCACAGGGCCGCGUCGCUCAAGCGCCUCCUCCGAGACCAAUACAGCAAGGGGGAUGGCAUGCACCUGCACGGCCGCCACAACAAAACGCAUAUUUUGGUGGUGGAGGCCUAUUAAGGCCAGACCUGGGCCAGACGCUGAAGCAACCGAAGAGAAGUUUCUUUGGGCUCCGAACGAGUGGGGAGAAUGUAAAUUCGAAGGUGGCGAAGAAGAAGAGUAGCAUAUUUUGA